CAGCCCCGGCGGCGGCGGCGCGAGCAGCGGGCGUGCAAGGUCCUCCUCCUGCUCCGGCUCCGGCUGCGGCUCGGCUCCUUCGCCCAAGACCUCCCGCUGGCCAGCAGAGUCAAGCGCCUCGCCACACCCGGGCCUGUCCCGCUGGGCACUCCAAGGGCAGCGCAAAGUUGCCCCCCACGGCCGGGCGGGCGAGCUCGGGCCGCAGCAGCCCCGCCGGCGGCGCGCAAGGCAACUUUGGAGAGGCGAGCAGCAGUCCCAGCAGCGGACGGCAGCAGCGGCGAUGACUCCCUGGCUUGGGCUUGUGGUGCUCCUGGGCAGCUGGAGCCUGGGGAAGUGGGGCGCCGAGGCGUGCACAUGCUCGCCCAGCCACCCCCAGGACGCUUUCUGCAACUCCGACAUCGUGAUCCGGGCCAAGGUGGUGGGAAAGAAGCUGGUGAAGGAGGGGCCUUUUGGCACGCUGGUCUACACCAUUAAGCAGAUGAAGAUGUACCGAGGUUUCACCAAGAUGCCCCACGUUCAGUACAUCCACACGGAAGCCUCCGAAAGUCUCUGUGGCCUUAAGCUGGAGGUCAACAAGUACCAGUACCUGCUGACAGGCCGCGUCUAUGACGGCAAGAUGUACACAGGACUGUGCAACUUUGUGGAGAGGUGGGACCAGCUCACCCUGUCCCAGCGCAAGGGGCUCAACUACCGCUACCACCUGGGGUGCAACUGCAAGAUCAAGUCCUGCUACUACCUGCCUUGCUUUGUGACCUCCAAGAAUGAGUGUCUCUGGACCGACAUGCUCUCCAAUUUCGGCUACCCUGGCUACCAGUCCAAACACUAUGCCUGCAUCCGGCAGAAAGGUGGCUACUGCAGCUGGUACCGGGGGUGGGCCCCCCCGGACAAAAGCAUCAUCAACGCCACAGACCCCUGAGCCCUACCCUCCCUGCCUCACCUCCCUCCCUUCCCGCUGAGCUUCCCUCGGACACUAACUCUUCCCAGAUGAUGACAAUGAAAUUAGUGCCUGUUUUCUUGCAAAUUUAGCACUUCGAACACUUAAGGAAAAGCCUGUGCCGUCUAUGGAGUUGAUUUGGACUAUCCUCCUGGCCCCUUUACCCCUUCUCUUUGGUUUUUACAUCACCCACUUCCACCUGGGAAUUUCUGGUCCAUGCCAGAAAGAAUGAGGAGUGUCUCCUCCUCUUCUUCGUGAUAGAUAAUCUCUAUUUUUUUAGGAAAACAGAAAUUGAAAAACCUACCACAUCCGGGCAUUGUAAUCCCUCCUCCUCUCUCUUCUCUCCCACUUGACCAUCUCCACACCCUCCUCCACCCAGUACAUAAAGGACACAGACAAGGAAGUUGCCAAACGGCUGGCUCUUUCCAGAUCAGUCCAGGGCAGCAACAGGCAGACGUGGGGUACACGGAAGAUCUUACACACAGAGGACAUGCGGUACCUCUCGGUCUGAGUCUGCAUGCCAGAGCCCGGGAGGGGAGGAACAGACUGCAGGAGGGGACCUCAGAUAACACGGCACACGUGGUUCUCCCAGCCCUGGGAUGCUUGGGUUGACCAGAUGUUUCUGAGUCUGAAGCAAGCAGCCAGGCCAGAAUAACAGCGCUUUCUUAGUUGGUGACGACUUAAACAUCUGCCUGUGGUCAGGGGGCCACUCGUUUCCUUGUGCACAAGCUCAGGUGAAAGACUGAGAUGAAUGUCCUUCCCCUCCCCACCUCCCUUAAGAUGUCCUGGGAAACUCUUUGGGAGGUCUGGCCCGGAGCUUGCCUUUAUGUAAAUUGGAGAAAUACACACACUUUACGACAUCCACAGAUAUAGCCAUGUAGAUUUGGGUAGAGAUUACUAUUUCCAAACUAGCGUUUAGCUCACCUGGGGGGGAUGUGUUUGUAUCCACAUUUGCAUAUGCCCGCACGGGGACAUAAGCUAAUUUUUUACAGGACACAGAAUUCUAUUCAAUGCUGUUAAAUACGCCAAUAGUUUAAUCUCUUCUAUUUUGUUGUUGUUGCUUGUUUGAAGAAAAUCAUGACAUUCCAAGUUGACUUUAUUUUCAUUUUAAUUAAAAUUUGAAAUCCUGAACACCUUCAGCACCCUCUCUUCCCUCUAACUGGGGUCCUCUGGCUUCUGUCCUGCUUCUUUUCUUCUGCUGCGUGGUUGGGGGCUGUCACUUAACUGCCUCACUGACUUGGCAGGUGGCAGUGGAAUUUCUGUGGGUCAGCGGCCUCAGGACAGCUGCAAGAGUGUCCGGCCUCAGCUCAGUGGCCACUUCUCCCGGGCUUGGGGACAGCUUGCUCUUCUUCCCCAGCUCACUGGUGGGUGGAUGCCACCUGCUCAGCUCCUCACCUCAUGGAGAUAAUGUGGGUGGUCCCUGGGCAAGCCCGACUCUGGAAUCAGCUGUAGGGUUUUUGUUGUGAUUUUUUUUUUUUGAAAUAAAACUAUAAUAUAAAUUCUCCUAUUAAAUAAAAUUAUUUUAAGUUUUAGUGUCAAAAGUGAGAUGCUGAGAGUAGGUGAUGAUGUAUAUGUUACAGAGCUGGGAAUGGUAGGAUGGUGACCUUUAACACGAUUGCUCUCUGUCCCUUUUUUCAGAUUAUGGGUAUUUAUCCUGUUAGUGUUUGUAUCUUCAGUGCAUUCCACUUUAGGAAGCAGAGCUGCCAGUUGUAACAACAAGAGAAAAAACCAGAACAGAAGUAGACAACGAGAUGUAGUGUCUCACACACACACACAAAUACCCCGGCAGGAGGGGAAGGCGGUACUGGUGUUGGGUUUCCUCGGGAUCAUUUCAUUAUCUUGAAACCUUCCCCUUGUGGUCAUGCCAUUUGGCAAGGGGGUUGUGGGAGGCUUGGCCCUCUCCAUGGGGCAGUGUGAGCAGAAGGACCUGAAGCCGGUACACUAGUGCUUUCCACGGGGUGAGCCACAGACUUGGUUUGGGAUCGUCUGUUUCAACCUCAGAGUCUGGCAAGGUGGAGUUCCUGACCCAGCGCAUACAAGUGUCCUCCCCCAAGUGGACAUCAGCGUCUCUUCUGGGAGGCAUCUGGCCAUUCCCGGUCCCUGGUGUGGUCACCCCCACUGACAUAAGAAGGGACUUGGGGUGAGGCCUGAUCACAAAGCACCUGAAGUUUCCCUGCAGAGUCAAUAAGUGGGCAAAACCGUAGCCCCAUCUGCUAGGUCCUGGUGGGGGGUCCUGAGCAAGGAAGGGUUUUGCAAACCGACGUUGUCAGAGGGCGGUUUUUGAGCUUUCUAUGAGCUAUAGCUUUGUUUAUUUCACCUGUUCACUUACUGUAUAAUUUAAAGUCAUUUAUGUAGCUGAGACACUUCUGUUAUUUCAAACAUAUCGUGAAUGUUUUAUUUUGCUAAAUCUUGUGUCAUGUGUAGGCUGUAAUAUGUGUACGUUGUGUUUAAGAGAAAAAAACAAAUGAAACCCACAUGCCACCAUUUUUCUGAAUCAAAUUCUACAGUGGAAUUGAGGGUAAAAUACUUGUACUUGGGCAGGCAGCUAGAUUGGCAAGUUGGGGGAACUAGAAGGAGCUGGUAUUGGGGAUGCUGCUUCCGUCUCUUCCCUAGUGGAGUCCCAGGGAUUCCCUGAGGACAAAGGAGAAGGAAACACAGUACAUCCAUGUCCUUGUUUUUUUUAUCAACUGACCCUGCGUCAUCCCCCUCUGCUCCCCAUUCCUGUUCCCCUCAAGUCCUUUCUCCCCCCCAGUUGGGAAGCCAUGAUUUGUCCUAAAAAUCCAGGGCCAUGGGAACUGUGAUUCCAAAUUGUCUUUGCCUCCUAAUCCAGGAAGCCCAGACUCGUGCUUCCCAGGCCCGUGCUCUGCUAUGACCAGGGUAGGAAAAGCUAGAAGACCUUUCUUCUUUACUGCCCCCCACCCCCAACCUGCCUCAUGGCCACUGAGCUACAGCCCAUGGAGCACCAUGACAUUGGAAUAGCACCGUCCAGGGACACGCUGGCUCCCAGCAGUCAGUGCCCUUCCCUGCCUCGUCCCUUCUCCAUCAUCUUUUGCAUGACAUUGGACAAUGGAUUGCUCCAAGAUGGCACUCAGGUGUUUGGCUCUUACCCACCUAAAGUAAAAUGAUUUGAGUAUUUGUAUCAGAGAGAAACGUGAUAAAAAUCUAAGGUCAAAAGCCAACCAAAUAGGGGAACAAGGGGGGGUGGGUACCAACCGCUUCCAGAUUGGCUCUCUGGGGGUGAGAACAGGGCAGAGCAGCAUCAUGCUUGGGGGCUUCUCCACCGCUCCUCCAUCUUUCCUUUAGCCAGUCUGCUGUGCUGAAACCCAGAGUGAUGGAGAGAAACCAACCAGAGGGAGAAAACAAACAAACAAACAAAACCCUGUCUGGAAGGAAUGUAUUUGUUGCUAAAUUUUGUAGCACUGUUUACAGCUUUCCUCCAUGUUAUUUAUGAAUUUUAUACUCCGUGAGUGUAUAUUGUCGUGUAAUGUUGCCUCAUGUUCACUUUUUACUGUGUGUCCUUUAUUCUAAACAGUAAAGUGGUUUUAUUUCUAUCACA